AUGGCCAUACUGGAAAAAGAGGUGUCCCUAAGAUUUGACCUGGUAGAGAAAGAGCUCAAAGAGCUUAAAGGAAUGGUUGCCUCUAUCUGUAUAAACUUUUUGGCCCUUGGCACUUCCUUGAGCUUUGAAAACCUCUUAUCUCAUCCACCCUCUCCUCCUUACCAUGAUCUUGAACCACCUUUUUCACCUAUCUCCACCUCUCCCACUUUUGCUUCACCUUCUAUCCCUUCCACAUUAUCCCCUACUCCUCCUCCUACUACCUCAGCUGUUAUCACAGUUCCUCAACCUACCUCCUCUCUUCCUCUUCUACCUAUUUCUCAGACCUUGUCUCCAAUUUCUCAACUUCCCUCUCUCCCCAUUCUCAUCACCUUGCCUACUAUCUCUUCUCCUUCCCUAUCUUCUAAUGCUAACAAAAAGAGGGAGAAGAAGAAAUCUGCUUAG